AUGGCAGUCCUAAACUCAAAUGAAAAUCGAGGAGCCAUUAUCAGACCAACUUCUGGUACAGGACUUUCUUUGAAAGUGCCUACUCUUUCACCGUCAGUUUUCUACCCCAAUCGGGAAAGAACCCAGUCUUCGAUUGAAAACCUAUGGCGAUAUAAAUAUCUCGAUUGGGAGUGCUCGCAUUCGCAGAACAUUGGCACUAGCAGCAGGAAAAAGUUUCCUCUUGGGGGCAAGUCUGGUUUUUGGGUCCACCGCCGCUAUCGUCUGCAAUGCCACGGUGUAAGUAAGUACAAGAAAGGCAACAGGAAGAUUCCAAACGAUCAAUCACACGCGAGCACCUCGAGACGCUGGGAUAGAAAUCUCGGGGCGAAAUCCGAGGAGGGAGAAAAUGGGAUCCUUUUUUGUCUGAGAACCUCAGGAUCUUGGCCAAAACUAGAGCUUCGUGGUCUUCCCGGGUUGGAAAUGACCCUCGGGUCCGAAACAAGCCGGAAAACGGAUAGCGCUUGGAAGAUUCCCCUCGGUCGGAAACGGAUUGGCUAA